UUCAGUUAUUUCUAUCGAUGAGACAACAUGAAAGAUCGGCUAUUGAAUUUUGUACUCCCCAUUUUAAUCGCAUUGGAUUGGAGCGAGGGGAAAGUUUUCAGAGUCAGCAAAAUGGAGUGCCGCACCUUGGAUCCUUCGUUUACGUACUUUAAGACCUGUAAAGUUGUUCACAGGGAAAAUGGUCGAGCUGCUCUUUAUGUUAAUGAGGUGAUUCUAUAUAAAGAUCCCAUUGACGAUAUCCUUCUAAACCUGGGAGUAUUCAAAAUAGCCAAAAACCGUCGCUUUCAGUUUCUAAAUGACACUUUGGACUACUGCCUUUUUAGUCGACAAUAUUUGGCCAGUGGAUUUUUCGGAUUUUUAAUGACACCUUUAAUGAAAAUUUCAAACUUAAACAUUACCUGUCCCCUGCAGCCAAACAUCAUUUUCAAUGGUUUUCCCGUCGAUGAAAACACAAUUAAAGAGAUUCCCAUCCCGAACGGUGUUUAUAUGUUCCAAAUGCGAACGUCCAUGAUGAAGAAAUGGAGAACAGACGUCAAGGUCUAUGCCACUCGUGUUGAUAAAUAUUCUAAAUAAUUUUAAAAAUAAUUAAAUUA